CGAAAUUCGGAAUCCAACUGCUCGAGUCGCUGGGCUCCCUGUCCCCACUCGAAGUAUCCAAGAAAUACAUAAACCGCCGGGAAAAAUACAAACUGUGUUGGUUUGGAGUGAAAAAUUAGUGCAAUUAUAAUGUAAUUUCUUUUAAUUUCUCUGUUGAAAGCUUUUUAUUCGGGGCGCUAACGCGUUUUUCCGUUUUUCGUUACGAUAUUUGAAUCAAAGCAAAGUGCAAAAGCUCGCGUUGAGAAUGUUGUUAACUUAAAUAGACAGAGACAGAAAAGCAAAAUUCGAUGUGGAAUAUUCGUUGACAAAAUUUCAAAAACAGUACAAAAAAAUACAGGAAAUACCCCCAAAAAGGAGGUAAAGUUGUCAAAAUUUUACAGUGUUAUGCAGAGAGUGGCGUGGGGUGUUAUUAGCUGGUGCUGCUGUUUCUGUUGCUGCCUCCCCCAAUUCGUCGUCUUCCCUUCUCCCCACGAUUCGUGAAUAUCCACCAACAAUAAUAAUAACAACAGCAGUGUGAAACCACAAUUUAGUCGCCAAACAGUCGUCGUCGUCUCCGUGCUCCCGUGCUUCCGUGGCCUGAUAGUCUGUCAUGAUGUUGGACGAUGACAUCUCGGAUCUGCUGGUCUGUGCAUCGGAGAUGCAAGAAGACCGCUUGUACUUUGUGGCCUUCAAGAAGAACAUCAAGCCAAAGAACACGAUUAAUACCCACUACUUCAGCAUUGAUGAGGAGUUCAUCUACGAGAAUUUCUACAACGACUUUGGUCCCCUGAACAUAUGCAUGCUGUACAGAUAUUGCAUGAAGCUAAACACCAAGUUGACCGCCAAGUGCCAUGCCAACAAAAAGAUUGUUCACUACACCUCCAUGAAUCCGGCCAAGCGACUCAAUGCGGCCUACCUGAUUGGUUCGUAUGCAAUAAUCUACCUAAACAAGACGCCUCAGGAGGCGUAUAGGCCGCUGGUUGCUGGCGAGAUUCCCGCCUACACGCGCUUUUGUGACGCCAGCUACGGACCCAGCAGUUUCAAGAUAUCACUGCUGGAUUGCCUGAAUGCUGUGCACAAAGGAUUGCAGGCGGGAUUCUUCAAUUUCAACGACUUCGAUGCCGAGGAGUACGAGUAUUUUGAGCGCGUGGAGAAUGGCGACUUCAACUGGAUUGUGCCGCAGAAGUUCAUAGCGUUUUGUGGACCUCAUCAGAAGAGCAAGACCCUGCCGAACGGAUAUCCGUGCCAUGCACCCGAGCGUUACUUUAGCUAUUUUCGGGAUAAUAAUGUCACGACGGUGAUUCGGCUAAACGCCAAGGUCUAUCACGCAUCUUCUUUUGAGAACGCUGGCUUCGAUCACAAGGAUCUGUUCUUUAUCGAUGGCAGUACGCCGAGCGACGCUAUCAUGAAGAAGUUCCUCUCAAUCUGCGAGACGACGAAGGGAGCGAUUGCUGUUCAUUGCAAGGCGGGUCUAGGACGCACGGGCAGCCUGAUCGGAGCGUAUAUAAUGAAGCACUAUGGGUUCACUGCCCUGGAGGCCAUUGCCUGGUUGAGGCUCUGCCGGCCGGGAUCGGUCAUUGGACAUCAGCAGCAGUGGAUGGAAGACAAACAAAGCUGGCUGUGGGCGGAGGGCGAACGAAUGCGCCGGCGCACUUCGCUGCCCAUCCUCCAGCACACGUACGGAAUCAACAGCCUGGAGCUGAAGACCAAAUUGGCCUCAGCUGCCUCCGAUUCCGCGGAGCAUGUGGAUCUGCUUCUAACCCGCGUGAAAGGCAUUUCCCAACGUGUCGAUACGAUGCACUUGAACGACCAGGACAACCUGGACGCUGCCUGUGUGGAUCAAACAGAGGAGGAGAUCUCGGAGCAGCGGCGAUUGGAGCGAGACGAGCGAGCCCUCUACCAAUCCGCUGAGGAUCCCAAUUGCAAUGGUAGCGAUGACAACGAUACGGACACGAUUAGUGCACCAGCGGAUCAGCCGCUGUCCUCAGGUUAUACCAUAUCCACACGGCGUAGGAAAUCCCCGUCGGGUGCCAAUAAGCCGACGGUUAUAGCCACAUCCCUGAGGCGUCUGGUCAAUCCCAACGCAAAUCGUAGUGGGUUGAGUACUGCCACAGGAGUUUAUCCUGCUCCUGAGGUGGCCAGCUGCACGGAGAAGAAGUUGCGCAAGCCAAGUGCAAAUGUCUUCGAGGCAGCCCGUCACACCAUCGCUUCCACUGUCAGGAUGACUCAGACGGCGCUGGAGAAAAAGCAGGCGCAGACUCAGGGCGACAAACUGAACCAGAUCAAGGCGCUGAGGAGGCACCACUCGCGAUCCGUCAACGUCAACAGCAACAGCGAACAGGAAGCGAACUUGAGGCAUACGAGGGCUCGAUCCCAGCCCUUCCGGAAUAACAGCAAUGGAGUGGUGGUUGGGAAUCCAGCGAUGGCUGCCUUAAAGGCGGGACAACCUACUUCCUCAUGUUUGCCAACCAGCACCGCGGCAGCUACUCUGUUGGCCAAUAAUCUGAAUAACAACAACAAUAGCAGCAGCAGCAGCAAUAACAACAACAACAACAGUAAUCUAAGCAACUCCCUGAAUAACUAUAACAACAACAACAAUACCACUAACAAUAUUUUGGCCAGUUCGGGGAGCAGUCGCACCCGCAGCCUGGCGAUCUAUAGCAAAAGAAUGGAACUGAAGCACUUGCGAAAGGCGGAACAGCAGCAGGUGCAGCAGGAGCAACCCAUGCUGCCGGUGGAGAAGCAGCUCCUCCGGCCAUAUGCCACCAUUAACGAGAGCAAGAUACCGGUGGUAUCCAGUGGUGGUGCCGGCAGCUCGGCCACCAUUCCGCCCACCAGGGGCAGUGCGGCACGCACCUCCCAUCACCACAUGACGCUCCGGGGCAGAUCCCGGAUACGUUACCAGCGACCCAAUGCCGGGGAACCGGCUCCGGUGGCUGCCCAAACCCAACCGUGCACCGUGGCCACGGCUAGGUAUUACCGCGACGUAUCGGCCAUACCCACAAUGGGUAAUGUCCUGGGUGGUGGUGCUGGUGGGUCGACCUCCUCUUCUGCCCCCUUUAACAUUGCCACACGCUCCGCAUCCGCCACGCUCGAUCUCAACUCCAAUCCGCUGCCGAAAACCAAGUUAACCAGCCUCAACAAUAAUCCAACACCCACUCCACCUCCUUCCUCCAAUCCUGCAGACACAAGCCGGCUUAGUGGGCGUGGCAGUGCCGAGUUGCAGGCGAUCAUCGAGCACGGCCUGGUGGCUGGGUCGGCCAAGCGGAACAAGCGCUCGCUGAGCUCUACGCGUCUGGACAAGGACAAGAGCGACGAGUACAACACGAAGCUGCUGAGGAAGACGGCGGCCGCAGCGGCGGCUGCGGCCACAGCAGCAUCAUCCGGAGCAACUGCAGCGCAGGCCACCAGCGGUUCCAUCAAUGCCACCCACGCCUCUAACAACGCCUCCACAACCGCCAGCAACAUGAACAACAACUGCAAGUACAACAGCUGCAGCAGCAGCAACAGCGGCAGCUUCAAGCUCUCCCGCCGCCUUUUCGGGGAAUCCGGAUCCUCUGCAUCGACAUCCGCCUCGAAUUCGGGUAUCCCCACGCCCACGGCCCCGCCCUCAUCCAGCCAAUGGCACCAGCAUCUGGCCCGCGGCGUGAGUCGGGUGUCCAGCGAAAGGGAUCGGGAGCGACAACAGCAGCAGCAGUCCCUGGACCACCAGCAAUCCAAUCUCAAGCUGCGCAAGAAGAUCAGCUACUGAGCAGUUGUCCUUCCUCCCUAUGGUUAUGUAGUUAUUAUUUUGAUUAGUAAAUUGAACGUUUUCCCCGCAGACCCACAAUUUCGUGCGGUAGUGGCAAAUGCAAUGAUUUGUUAGCUAUUCCGAUGCAAUCAAAUUUGAUGAUUGACUAGAAAACAUUUAACUUAUUGUUAAGGACUAUCUCAUUUAUACCCUUACAUUUUUGUAGGCAACAUUUUCAAAUUGUUAUGAAUGGUUUUCAAAUUUAUUGUAUUAAAUUGGUCUAAAGUGCGUACAAACGAGAAAAACAAUACUAGUUAUGUGGAAGGUUUUGAAAAUAAACCACUUUUUGAUUAAUUAGACAAUGGGAUUGUUACAGUACUGAUAAGAAUUUAUAUUAUUGAAAUUUUUAAAUAUUACCCUGUUUACAGGAAGAUCAUGAUUUAUUUCGAUCACUUAAAAUUAUUUGCCACAGUAACGCUGAUAAAAUGCGAACAAUUAUAUAAAAAUUGGUACCCCGUUUACAAAAGCACUGUAUUUAUUUUACAUAGGAAAAAAUAUUUUAUAAAAUAAAACACGCUGAUCAACUCAUGAUAUCAAUUUAUAAUUGAUACAGCUGUAAUAGGCAUUUAUUUAUUAGGGAUACAAUUACUUCAUAGUCCGGGCAUACAGUAAUGGCAAAUAUUGUGAAAAAAUUAAUUUUACAUAUGUUCCAUUUUAAAAACCAGUUAAUUUGGGUUCUUGCUAACCUUAUUUUCUGUUGACUACUCUUAGGACCAAAUAAAUCGAAUAAAUUCAUCAAAUUUGAUUAGCAUUGGUAUUAAAAGUCAGCGCAGCGUCGACUCCUGGUUUUACCAUCUCUAAAUUACGGGGAAGUCCCCAUCUCGAAAGUAUGUUUAUUGGAAGUGCCAUUUUAACAUUUGCUACUUUAUACCCCGUCUCAUUUUUUUUUUUGCGACUAGCUUGAAUCUGUUUUGCCUUAUCAUUAUUGUACAAAGUUAACAUAGACGUUGAGCAAAGAUCUUCAAUGAAUCACUUUUUCAUGUUUUAGCCCCACAGCAUUGGUGGGAGAUUGUAUUAACCGAAUAGAACUUAAGUAAAAAAAAACAAUUAUGUGCAUUAUCUGAACUUGUUUAGAGUGUAAAUACGAGACAGUUUACUUAUUUGUAAGCCGACCUAGUUAAAAAUAAAUGUUAUAUAUACCACAAAAAUAUAUUGGAAAUUAUAAGUAUUAGAUCAACAUCA